GUUUAUGGCACUGUUGAAUUCCAUAUUGAAUUGAUGCUAAUAUCAGGAUGUUACUGCCGCCCUAUUUUUCGUCGACUGUUUUCCGGUGAACAAUGACGUCACACCAGCUCACGUCGCGCACUACUUCCGCGUACCGGCGCGUGAGCGCUGCUCAAACAUCUUCUGGAGUCCAUGAAAACCCGUCACUCCAGCUGAAGACAGACGAGCGGCCCGAGUUUCUGGUCUUUGUCGGGAGUCGACGAGCGGAAAUUGGAAAAAACAUCCAACCUGAUGUUCAAUCGAUCUUCAAAGGCGCACCGAGAACAAGUGAAAUAAAUGGGCCAUCACAAAGAUGAACUUUCAUGCUGCCGUCUCUUCCUCUGUUCAUCUGUGGAGUGAAGUCCAGUGUUGGAUCUGUGCUGCAUGGAGCUUCUCCUGCCCUCCUUUCCCACGAUGAAUGUAGGUGCUUCUUUGCCGCCUCUGGAUGAGACGGCAAACUUCCUGGAUGUCCAGCUGGACUUUUUCCACAAGCUUGGUUAUUCAACUGCUCAGGUCUUCGCCGUCCAGAAAAAGUUUGGAACCAAUUUGGAUACGGAUAAACUUCUCGGGGAGCUUGUCAAGGUCCAAGCUGAACUGGAGACCAAGCCGGGGCCUGUGACUACGCUGUCAGUCCUGGUGCCCAGAGGGGAGGUACGCGCUUUGGAGCCCAAGAUGCACGUGCCAGUUACCCCUCAAAGCGGUGAGGAGGGCAGCGAGGACGAAAAUGCCCUGAGGCCCAUUGUUAUAGACGGCAGCAAUGUAGCCAUGAGCCACGGCAACAAGCAGGUCUUCUCUUGUUUGGGCAUCCAGUUGGCAGUCAACUAUUUCUUGGAUCGAGGCCACACGCAAGUCACGGUCUUCGUCCCAUCGUGGAGGAAGGAACAGCCGAGGCCUGACGUCCCAAUCACUGAUCAGCAAAUCUUGCUGGAACUGGAGAGCAAGAAGAACCUGGUGUUCACCCCGUCCAGACACGUCGCCGGCAAGCGCGUGGUCUGCAACGACGACUUCUAUAUCGUCCAGCUGGCGUAUGACUGGGACGGCGUCGUCGUGUCCAACGACAUGUACCGCGACCUCCAGCGGGAGAAGCCAGAGUGGAAGCGUUUCAUCGAUGAGCGUCUGCUGAUGUACUCCUUCGUAAACGACAAGUUCAUGCCUCCCGACGAUCCUCUGGGUCGCCACGGACCAACACUCGUGAACUUCCUUCGGAGGUUUCCAAAGUCUCAUAAGAAGCAGUCGUGCCCUUAUGGAAAGAAAUGUACCUUCGGGAUCAAGUGUAAAUACUCCCAUCCCGAGAGAGGCAAACAGUCCAACCGCCUGCUGGCUGACACGCUCCGGGAAAACGCCAAGCUCUCCUCCAUGUCGGAGAGCGCUCUGGUGCCGGGACAGAGUCUGUCCUUGGUGGAGGAGAUGGCCAGGAAACUCACCCUGGCACCUGAGCCGUCAAAGAAGGACCAUAAGAGCGAGAAGUCCAAACACUCCUCGAGCAAGAAGGGGUCGUCCAGAAAAGAGAAAUCGCCUCCUGAGCGUGCACCGCCGCAGCACAGCAGGUCGCAGGAGCGUCUGGACUCCGGGUUGGGUUCCAUAGAUGGGCCGUCCGUUGAGGCCCCUCGUGGUCACUUUGAGCCUCCGUUUGGGGGGACGUCCGCCUGUCCAGUGGCCUUGCAGCAACAGCAUUACCAGAUGAGAAACGGGCCGUGCAACUGCUGCUCGCCUCUCAGGUCCUCCCCCGCCUACCCGCACCAUCACAGCACCGGCUCCGAUGCGGUCCCGCAUUACCCGCCGUACGACGCCUAUCGAGUCAGCAUGCCUCCCUUUAGCCAGCCUGCCAGCUUCCAACACAGCCGCCACCAUCACCACCACCAGCCCGUCUUCUUGUCAGAGCCUUACGGCGUCCGUCCAGUCCUGCCAUGUGAACCCCCUCCCUGGGACCCCCCGCUGGCAACCCAACCCAGUCGCAACACAGACCAGCGAACAGUUAUCAGAACCAAUCUCUUGGCCAUAUUCAGCGCUCACCUGGUGGACGCCGCCAUGGACCGGUUUCCUCAGGUCAACGACCCACAGAAGCUGGCGGCCGAGAUCGUCAACCUGCAGAACCAGAACCGUUCCAGAUGAGAAGAGAGGCUUCUGGGUCGGUCUCUGGAGGCCAUGCUUCACACAAGUUGAUGUGUUUGUGUAUUGUGGUAUCCACCCGUUACUCGACUAUAUGCUUUGGAACAUCGCGCUUCCUCAGCAAACCUGAUAGAAGGUUGUAUGCAGCUGAUGCAAUGUGGGACUCGGACCCACGCAGGGAUUCAGUGCACCUUAGUUAGGUGUGUUAGAUAGUGAGGUGUACAGUGAAGUCCUCACUGUAUGGGCUUCUUCUUGUUUUCUUCCUCUUUCUCCUGACAACAACAGACGUGAGUCAAAGGAAUCUGUGCAAUAAUGGAAUCAUUCUUACCUCCUUAAUAGAGUCAAACAUGGAAUUUCACACCGUUGUUUGAGGUGUUUCGUACUGUAACGCUCCACGAUGUGACUCCUGUUCUCCACCUCAAUGCUGUAUGACCCUUUUCAGAUUGUAAUGUUUAUGAGGCUUUUGUUCUUUUUUUGUUUACCGUUUUUCUUGGUUUUCUGUUUGGACCUGUUUCUGUGGUUGUUAUUACGAAGACAGGUGAGUGGUUUGAUCAAUAGUUCGAGGUCUGGUCUCAGGUGCCUGGAGCCUCAAGUGGCAUGUUGAGAGUUUAGUCAUGGCAACAUUUUUUUAUUAGGACAAACUAAACUGGAUGGUGGAUAUAAGAAGGAGGCAGUGCAGAGAAGGUCCAGUUCUCAUGGUUGCCAUUCAGUAUCGGCUAUUUCAGGGCAGCAUCACUGUGGCUUAGUGAUGUUUUCAGAGCUCAAGUUACCAGGCACAGUGAUGUGGGUCUUACUGUUGAGACUCACAUGUCUUUGUACCAAGGGACCAUUCCUCAUCAAGAUGAAUCUUUAGAUGAAGAGUGUUAGUUACUAUGUAAUGAUCGGAUCACUUUUCAGCCCCCAAUUCAGGCGUGUCACCGCAGUGGCUGAGGUUUGAGUCCCAGACGGGGAUUUCAGUCUUAGUAGUUAUUGGCGGAGGUUUGCACUCUCUCAUUCAUUUUUCUGGUUCUGAAUUUUCCUGUAUCGUAUGAAUGUCAAUAACGUUUGUUUGAAUUUUAAGGAAACACAAGUGGAACGUUUCCCUGGUUGAAGAUGUGUGUGUACCUGUGUUCUGGUGUAACCAAAGGUCACCUGACCAGAUAUGAAAAAUAAAAGACUCAAUUUCAUUUUAACAAACAUGUGAAGUUUAUCAUGUCAAUUUCAAAUCUGUAUAAAAGCUGAACUUCAUGAAAACGGUGGAGAAGUUUCAGAAUUGAUGACGCAACUGCUGGUCUGAACAAAUCACGAGGAGAAGCUUG